AUGGCGCCUGGCAGGUUCUAUGGAGGGGAAGUGCCCCGCUUGGUCGUGAGUGUCUUGACCCUCGUGUCGGUAGGGGGGUUCGCAAAGUUUCUGGAGACCGUAGCUAGGCCUCUAGCAGAGAAAUAUGGGGCCAUCCUGAUAAAGGUGAGAGAUGCAGACCUGGAGCCGACGCUUCCACAGAGGGCCAAGGAGGAGGAUGAGGGGUGUACUGUAAAGAGUCAGAGAAAGAAGAGAGCGAAGAUGAAGUUGGAGGUGACCCCGCAACACUUGCAGCCUCUAGACAAGGGCGUUAGGGUCUUGCAGAGGGGGGAUCUUGCAGGGGAAGAUUAUGAUAAAUUCUGUUCGGACCACGAGGGGCGGCUGCAGGGGUCUACAGCGGACGCAGUGGUAGAUGGGCUAGGGUUUUUCUCUGAGUUGGGGGAUCCGCUCUUUGCGCUUCCAGAUUAUGCUUCUGAUGCCAAGACCACAGAGAAAGGUAGAAACGUAGGACAACCAUUCCUGGAUAACCUGCGUUUCUGCUUCAACUUCGCUAUGGUUCACAUCGGCAUCACCACCGGCAUGUGGUAUGUGGGUGGGAGAGACACCCUAGCUCCCAUGCAUCUGGAAGAUCUUCUGCUGGAGAGCCUGAACUACCUGUUUGGAGGUUCUUCCAAGCAGUGGAUCAUCAUCCCAGGGGUUUGGACCACGGUUUUGAUGGCAAAGUUGCGGGAGACGGGGGGAGAGGACUCGGUCAACCAAUUCCUGGCGAAAAAGCUCGUCAUACCUUUGGCUACGCUGGGCCUCUGGGAGAUCCCCUACUUCACCGCCACGCAAGAGGAAGGGUGGUUCGUCUUCACCACGGGUCCACACAUGGUGCGUAACUCUGGCCUCUGCUGUGCCUACGCCGUGAAUGCUGCCUUCCCCAGCUCGCUCUUCCGCUACUGUUUGGCUGCAGAUAGGUCCAGUGCUUUCUACGAGCGAGAGGGCAGCGGCGUGUAUGGCCCCGCCAUGGUGCCGGUCAUCAAGAUGGCGCUGGAUUUUCUGGAGCACCCCGAACAGGAAAAGUCUAUCUGCGCGCACGCCCUCGCGUGGCUCGAGGAAGCGGUGGACCGGACUUCAGCGGGGAUCGAGAUCUUGCAGGAGCGGGGAAUCCCCGUCGAGAACGUCGUCGAAGCAGACUACCGCGUGGACGGCGCGGACUACCGUUACCCUCCAACGCAACGAGGAGGGCCUUACGAGAAGUGGGUGAACGCAAAGGACGGAUACGGGUGGAGGUGCGAACACUGCCAGAGGGACCUUUGCCUGGCGUCCGUGCGCGGGACGCGGGGUGGCGAACUGGUGCAGACCUGCGUUCAUUGUGCCCUGGAGGCCACGUGGGAGCUCGACGGGGUCUACGUCUUCCCAGAGCUAGAGAGGCUGCGGAGCAUCCUCGCCGCAGCGCAACCUAGGGCCUCGCCAUGUUCUUGCGAGCUUCAGGGGCUCGUGGAGGGCGUCGCCGGAGACACUGGUAUGCAGCCCGGCUCCGUGGAAUUAACAGACUUUUGCACCUUCGCCCCCGGAGCGACCUUGCAAGCGAACACGAAGGGAGAGCUCACGUACGGCAAGGACCUGGGUAAGGCGGUCCACUGCGACGAGAUAACGCGCCAGACGAUCGAGAUGAUGGCCAGGGCGAGACGUGCGGUUCGGGUGACAGAACUCGAAGUGCCCAUCUACCGCACGACGCGCUUCGACCUCCGAAACGGCGUGUCCUCUCGGUUGGAGAGUCUGGGCUGGGUCGGGGGUUUCGCAGACGGCAAGCGAGAGCUCGGGGUGGGAGAGCUGGCGUUGGUCGAUGCGACGGCUCUGAGGGAGGCGGAGGAGCUGCGGAAGAGGCUCGAGAACGAGGGGCGGGCUCUGCGAUCAGUUUUGGAGACAGAGAGGCGGGAGAGGGAGGAGAGGGAGAAGGAGUUGCGGGGGAACGUCGAGGCCGAACUAGAAGAGCUGCGGAGGCUGCUGGAUGCCGAAAAGAGUAAAGUGCGCGAGAUAGAGAAAGAGCUGGAGGCUGAGAGGCGGAGAAAUGAGGGUGGGGCCGGGCAGGGUGGGGAGGAGGCUGGGGCCCGAGAGAGGGCGGAGCGGAGAGCGGAGAGAGCAGAGAAGAGAGAGACCGAGCUGCUGCAGAUGCUGGAGACCGAGAGGCGGACGAGAGGGGAGAACGAGACAUUGUUGCGGCAGGACAUCGAGGGCGUGGAGAGGGCCAACGCGGAGUUGCGAGAAGCCCUGGCGUCCGAGAAGGGGGCGAGGGAGAGUGCGGAGAGAAGAGCAGAAGAGCUGCGCGAGGAUCUAGAGGCGGAGAGGCAGAAGAGGGGAGCGUAUACAGACACCUUGUGCAGCUCACUCUCGUU